UCGCUGAGGAGCGCGACACGACCAUCUCGACCAAAUAAAUCAGUCCAGCGCACGACGGCGUGUGCUCGGAAACCGGACCAAACAUGAAUGAAACUACGCGCACUCCGCAACACGGCCAGCAGGGUGGGAGGUUACUGUUUCAAGGAGGCGCCCAGUAGUGCACCUGUACGUAGUCCGGGCCAGCACGAGCAGCGGCUCAGCUGAUGGGCCGGCACGGUCCGACGCUUUCGGGGCCACUAAUUCGUCGGGGCGUCGCGAGCCGUGGGUUCGGCUGCCGGUGCGUUGCCGAACCGGUACCGAAAACCGGUUCGCGAGAGACUGCUCUUCCACGGGUUAAAGGGAGGGAAGCGGGAUGAGGGAAUGAAGGGGGAAGCUAUCGAGAUGCGAGUGCGCGGGAGAGCCCGAACCGUGGGCACAUCGUGCUCUGCUGCCUCUUUGCCGGGGCUGUUGCUGCCCCGUUCCCUUUGUGGCGGAUGGGCUGGCUGCUUCUUCCUCUUUCCUUGCUUUUUCGGGUCGGUUCGCGUCGGCCAACGGGGUACGGUGCCGUAGCGCACCCAACACUUCCGGCAAUUUAGUGUACCGUACGUACCAGGCGCACCCACAUGUACCACCCGCUAGUGGCAGUGCUCGUGUUGUUAUUGUUUUUUUAAGUUACUGCUGUCGUUGCUGUCGUUGCCGAUCCCCCGUUCCCCCCACCCCCUUCGGUUACGUCGACACGCCGUCCGGCGACGGCCGCGACGACAAUAAUUGUCAGUAACUGCAGUGCAGCAGGAUGCAGCAGGCGUGCAGCAACCGUACGGUGUUUGUGUAAAGGCCGGCGCACGGCUGAAUGCUGUGUCGCGGCGCGUGCCAGCUGUGCCGUGGCAAAACGAGAAUCAGUGUGUGUGUGCGUGUGUGCGCGCGGCAUAUAAUCAGCACAAAGUGGAGUGGCACCAGUAGCAGCAGCAGCAGCAGUCUCCUCGGUAGUGCAAGGCGCCGCGGACCAAGCUGCACCCAACGCAGCAACCCGGAACGAAUCUCAGGACUUCAAUCAAUCAAGCGAACCCGCCCCCCCCCCGGGGUGGAGGAGGGUGUGUGGCCCGUUCAUCGUCGGAGCGUACGUGUGUGACCAUCACAAACACACACACACACACACACACGCACGCACGCACGCACGUACAUAUACACUUAUACAUACACUCAUUCGCGCGGUUCGGUCCACAUUUGGGGCGCACCGUCCUGUCCGAGCCGGCGGGCCCCACGAAGGAACUGCUGCGCCGCAUGCCGGAGGUGUACUGAAGGGGAGGGGCGAGUCGUGCCUAAGAUGCUCGCCCGCACCUUGCCACAGCAAGGAACACUUUCAGUAGCUUCACCGCGUCAGAAGGCUCCCAGCCCGGUGCAGUGGUGCGUAGUGCGGCGAUGGGAAGAGAGCCGUACCGCUGGGGCACAACGUAGCCUCGUCGUGACCGGUUGCCUCAGGAGCGCGGAGGAACCACCAGCCAGCAGCAGCAGCAGCAGCGGCGGCGGCAGCAGUGUAGCAGUUGUAGUAGCAGCAGCAGCAGCAAACGUAGCAGUAGUAGUAGUAGUAGUAGCGGUGGUAGUGGUAGUAGUAGUUGUAGUGCAGCCGCGGUCCAACGAUGCAUCGCCUGCGCAACACCUUCACUAGGUCCCGGACGCCCACGGGUGCGGAGAUGAAAACCCAAAGCUCGCUGGAGGUGCCGAAGCAGGUACGCUCUGCCUCGUUCGACGAGAUACAGCUCGAGGCGCAGCGGGCGAGCGGCCAGCAGCGAUCCCUGUCGGUGGCGGGUGCGGGUUCAUCCACGGCCGACGACGGGGGCUCGGGGGGCAUGCCGGGCGUCGGCAGCCUGCUGCUGCAGGUGCCGCAGACGGCGCCCGGCCAGCGGUCGCGCAGCUUCGACCUGGCCGGGUCGGCCUCGGACGAGGGAAGCGCGGUGGCGGCCGCCUUCCUCGACGUGCCGAAGCGCUUCCAGCGCCGCAAGUCCAGCUCGAAGACGCCCCCGCCGUGCAUCCACUGCCUGUACCUGGAGGAGUACCGGCGUCUGAUCGGGGUGGAGCAGCGGCUCUACUACGACAGCGAGGAGUACCAGGCGUACGUCGACUACACCUCCAGCUCCUGCUCCUCCGGGGACGACGACGACGACGACGAUAGUGACGACGAGGCGGACGAGGCGGGUGGUGAGGAGGACGGCACUGAUGCUGACGCUGCCGGGACCGUGCUGCGGGUCAGAGGAACGCACGAGGAGGAGGAGGAGCAGGUGGAAGGGGGGGAGGGCGCGAGCGUGAACCGAGUGGCGGCGGUCGGGCUCGCCGGUCCCAGCGGCGGUCCGGAAGAAACGAGAACACACUUUACCGAUGGCUACUACGACUACGACUACUACUACGACGACGAUGAGGACGAGGAGGAGGACGAAACGGAGGAGGCGGAACCGGACGAGGACAAUGAGCAGCACUGCAACACCACCACCACCAUCGCCGCCAUCGCCACUACUAAGGUGGAGCAGAAAAAGGAGGCGGAGCUCACGUUCGGGCUGGAGGCGCCCGCCUACGACUACGCCUCCCUGUUUCAGCGCGUCUCCCCUCGGCGCCGACCACGCGUCGACGGAGAAGGCAGCCGGCUGCUGUCACCGCCGGCGUCCAUUGCUUCGCCGUGCCGCAUCACGCUCACCCUUUCCCCGACCAAACCAGACGAAGAGGAAGACCAGCAGCAGCAGCAGCAGCAGCAAUCACAGCAAACAGAGCUUCGCACGGCAGAGAUCGCACUGAUGCUGCCCGUUGACGGUGGUAGUAGCGAGCUGGGCGCGGUAGGAGAAGCGCACGACACACGGCCACCCCUGCCGGUGACGGUCGAGCCGGCGGAGGAUGGCGUGGAGCCGCCCGCACCGAGCCGCACCCGCCGCCGGUCCAUCUCGCGCCAGGAAGCGAUCAUCGUCGAGCCGACGGGCAGCUCGCUCGAGAACGUCUCGAACGCGUCCGAAAGCCGGCCGACCACGCCGCCCCGCCCCGUACCCGACAUCCACACCAGCAGCGACGAGCUCGACUGUCAGCAGCAGCAGCAGCAGCGAGACCGAGCGGCCCAGCGGGGCCGAGCCGCAUCGAUGGGUCCGAUUUUGGCGGGCGCCACCGUUCGCCCGGCCCCGCCGCAGGAAUCGCCGCCACCGUCGGCCGGCCCGACGGUCCAGCUGCCGCCGCCGACGUCGGCCGCCACAUCGCAGGCGGCCGACUUCGUGCGCGACAUCUACCUGCAGGUGCCGGACCUGAAGCGGGACCGGGCCGCCUCCGUCGACUCCUGCUUCACCAAGGUGACCGGGGCAAAGACGGAGGAGCUGCAGCCGCCGCCGGACGGCGCCUGCCUGAACCUGCUCGCCGUCCCGAGCAGUGGCGCCGUCCGGUCCCGGUCGGUCGAUAUCGUGCUGCCGACGGAGGAGCAGGCCCGCUAUAAGGCGCUCGCCCUGGCCGGACCGGCCGGUUCGGCCGGCCAGCAGGGUGGUGGCGGCAGCGGUGGAGGCCCCGUCGCCCAUCUUGCACCAGGCAUCAUUCGAGGAGGCGACCCGCACGGACGUCAGAUACGCUGCACUCCGGACUGGAGUGAAAAUGCCGUUUCCGGUGACCAUCUCUGGGUGCCAACAUCCGUUUCGGGCGAUUGCUGCUGCGUCGGCGACAACGAGUGCACGAAGCAUGGACCACGGAUGAAGUGUGCCGCGUGCAAGAUCAUCGCGCACGCCAGCUGCAUCUCGGUCCUGAUGGAGCGCAGCCAUCUGCAGUGCAAACCGACGUUCCGGGACGUGGGCGUGCGCCAGUACCGCGAGCAGACGAAGACCACCCACCACUGGGUGCACCGGCGCACCGAGAAGGGCAAGUGCAAGCAGUGCGGCAAGUCCCUACAAGCGAAACUAACGUUCAGCUCCAAAGAGAUUGUCGCGUUAUCGUGCGCCUGGUGCAAGGCGUCCUACCACAACAAGGAAGCGUGCUUCAACCCGGAACGUAUCGGGGAAGAGUGUACGCUUGGCACGCACCGGAGCAUUGUAGUGCCACCGUCCUGGAUCGUGAAGCUGCCACGCAAGGGUAACUUCAAGUCGUCGCUCCGCAAAACGCCCCAGAAGAAGAAGUCGAAGGCGGGCAAGAAGGUGUCGAUACCGCGCGAGCCGCGCACGUUCGUCAUCAAGCCGAUCCCGACCGCCAACCUCACGCCGGUGCUCGUGUUCAUCAACCCGAAGUCGGGCGGCAACCAGGGCGCGAAGCUGCUGCAAAAAUUCCAGUGGCUGCUCAACCCGCGCCAGGUGUUCGACCUCACGCAGGGCGGGCCGCGCAUGGGGCUUGAGCUGUUCCGCAAAGUACCACAGCUGCGUAUACUCGCGUGCGGCGGUGACGGUACCGUCGGCUGGGUGCUGUCCGUGCUCGAUCAGAUUAACUUUGUGCCGCCACCGGCGGUCGGUGUGCUGCCGCUCGGUACCGGCAACGAUCUUGCCCGUGCCCUUGGUUGGGGUGGUGGCUAUACCGACGAGCCGAUCGGUAAGAUUUUGGCCAACAUCGGCAACUCCGACACGGUACUGCUCGAUCGCUGGAGCCUGAAGGUGGAACCGAACACCUCGGUGCCGAACACGGGCGAUGGUAAGGACAAUCUGCCACUGAACGUGGUCAACAACUACUUCUCGCUCGGCGUCGACGCCCACAUUGCGCUCGAGUUCCAUGAGGCGCGCGAGGCGCAUCCGGAAAAGUUCAACUCGCGGCUGCGAAAUAAAAUGUUCUAUGGCCAGGCCGGCGGCAAGGAUCUGCUGAAGCGCAAGUGGAAGGGUUUGGCCGAGUUCGUGACGCUCGAGUGCGACGGCAAGGAUCUGACACCGAAGCUCAAGGAGCACAAGGUGCACGCGAUAGUAUUCCUCAACAUUCCAAGCUACGGUGGUGGUACGCAUCCGUGGAACAAAUCCGGUGGCCAGUUUGAGCCGGCCACCGACGAUGGCAUGAUCGAGGUGGUUGGCCUCACCACCUACCAGCUGCCGCUGCUGCAAGCCGGCGGCCACGGUACCUGCAUUACCCAGUGCCGCACCGCCCGGAUCGUCACGUCCAAGACAAUACCGAUGCAGGUGGACGGCGAGGCGUGCAAGCUGAACCCAUCCAACAUCGAGCUGACCCUGCUGAACAAGGCUGUGAUGCUGGCCAAAAAGAAACCGGGCCGGGCUAAUGUACCGCAGGAAAAGCUGGAAUCGCUCCACAUGAGCCUGAUGAAGAUCAUGAUGGCGGACUACGAGCAGCACCAUUACGACAAGGAGCUGCUGAAGCAGUCGGCAGUCAACCUGGGCAGCCUGGAGGUGCCGGUCACCGACCUGGAGCAGGUGCGCGUCCUCAUCAACAAGUACUGCGGCGAGCAGCCGGACAGCCCGAAGCUGUCCCCGGACUGGUGCUUCAUCGACUCCUGCACCGCCGAGCGGUUCUUCCGCGUCGACCGGGCCCAGGAGAAUCUGCACUUCAUCACCGACAUCGCGAACGACUGCGUGUUCGUGCUGGACCAGGAGAGCCCGACCCUGCCCCAGACGCCCGAGGACGAGCAUCGGCGGCUCGGGGCCCACGGUACGCCCGUCGCCGGCAGCCUCGAGUCGGGCGACGGUGGCGCCCCCUGCUCACCGCAGGCCGGCAAACUGCUCGACCGUUCGCUGUCUGGGCCGCCCGCCGCCACCGCCAGUGACAUUCCAUCGCGCAAGGGUUCGCAAGGCUCGCAGGAUGCGGACGGGCAGCAGGCGCGCCCCCCGAUCGGGCACGAUUCCGUCGGCAACGGGCAGAGCCUGGACCAGAUGGUCAACUUCAAAAGCUUCCACGAGCGCUUGUUCGGUCUGAAUGAGGACGCUUUCGGAUUCAGUAAUUUGCUGGAGAAAACAACGGAUGCUGUAAUUAAGGCAUCGAAAACGGGUGACUUGGUGAUGUUAAAGGAUCUCCAUCUGCAGGGCUACUCUCUUCUCUCCAUCGACUCGACCGGCCAGACUGCCCUGCAUCACGGUGCCCGCUGCGGCCACAAGGACAUUGUACGCUAUCUCAUCUCCUACGCACCGAACUCCAUCAUCAACAUGAUAGACAACGAAACGGGACAGACGGCACUGCAUAAAGCGGCCGCCGGACGGCAGCGCAGCAUCUGCUACAUGCUCGUCGCCGGCGGUGCUAACCUCAACAUCCAGGACAAUGACGGCCGUACCGCACGCAUGCUCGCCUCCAACGCGGACGACUUCGAGCUGGCAUUCUACCUCGAGAAUCAAGAGCAGUUUCAGCUUAUCGACUUCCGAAGCAACAACAUCUGAAGUGCAGUUCGGAGCACACUAGCCCACACCCUCUUCCCACCCUCUCCUGGCGACCGAUAGCGAUAGAGGGGAAGAAGGGGUAGGGGUUUACUUGCUGCCAUGGCUAAUUUAUACUUCUCACGAAGGGAUAGGGAGAAAGGAAUGCCAGCAGCAGCAACAACAAUCAAACAACACGUCGUUCCAGCCGUGCGUGGUGUAUCGGUACGAUCUCGCUCGCACCCACAACCCGCUGGGGGGGGGGGGAUCGAUCGCUUUUCCGAUCUCGAAGACAAGACCAAGCGGGUCCCCCCAAAUACCACGUAGCGUGUGCCGUCAGUCCUUCCACGGAGUCCGUCCCCCGUACGAAUUAUUCGCUUUUUGUUUUGUGUUUCUGGCCGUGCAACGGAGUGCGGUUUGACGGUUUUUGUUCGAUAGCGUCGAUGGUUCGUGUGGCGAUAGCAGUGUGUGGCGCGUGGUUGCAGGAGUAAACACGUAGUGAGUACCGUGUGGAAGAGAGACAGGGAGAACAGCACAUCGAACCGAGCGGAACGAAAGAAGUGACACAGCGGACAGCUGCGCCCAGCAACUGGAGCUGGAAAUAAUACAACACACACGUACACUCAGACACAUGCACACUCAUGCAGGCACUCACUGCACACUAAAAUGAUAUCACACACGAAAAGAUCCGGCACGUAGCCUAGCGUUUGCGGCACAGGACAGUAUGAAUCUCUCGGCCAAACUAUUGCAACGUACUAUUAGCUAUUAUUACAAACGCCGAUACGUCACCAACACUACUACUAUUACUAUUAGCAUUUGUCUCUUGUACCGGACCGUGCGCUGCCCAAUUCUACUAAGGUGGAUGUAUGUGUGUGGAACUUUUUGUGCAGCGCGUGGUGCCACCAAACUAGCACUAGAUGUUUGUCACUUACACACACAGUCACACAGUGUAGCCGAUUUUGAUGCCACUUGCGAACAUACAUACACACACACACACACAGAAACCCAAACCAUAAAACACUAAUCACAGCGAGUUUUGCGGAGCGGAAGAUAUCUGUCAAAAACAAAGUGUGUGACGAUUUGCUGUGACGGAGCAGCAGAAGGGCAGAGCAAAAACUAAGAAAUAGUAAAAAGAAUACAAAUACAUAUACCGAUAUAAACAUAUAUUUUACUACAACCGCCCUUUAAAAGUGUAUAGUAAGUAACGCCGCAGCUAGCGUUACUGUAGCGUGGCACCAAUAGGCGAACGGCCACGCGUAGCGACAAAAGGCCGGACAAACCAAAACAAACAAACAAAAAAAAGGUUGACAGUGCCGUUGUGACGUCAUUUGACGUUUUCGGUGAAAUAGUGUAGUGGUGAUUCGAUUUCUAGGGAGGUAAAAAGCUAAAACCUCUGUGUGUAGUUUAUAUUUCUUUUCCCAUUUUUAGUGUUUCGUACACUCUAUACGGUACUGCUUCGGUUUGUGAAACGUACGUGCAUUGUGAGAAAUUACGUUUGCACUUUAAAACACAAAAUGACUUCUUUAGAAAAAAGAAACUAAGACAGAUGAACUAUCUUUUCAUAAACAUUGCUUCAAGGGUAAUUAUUUAAGAUAACUUGGAAAAAAUCUACAAGCUUGCAAGCUACCUUCCGUCAGUUAUCCUUAAUUUCCACCUUGGCAAACGAAGACAUGAGUGUAGACACGUUUUUAAGUUCUCACUUCGAUUUUCACCGUUUUUGGGACAGAAAUUGUUGGAGUAGAGCAUCGACAUCAUGUCGAUGCAGAAAUACUCGAUGAGAUGUCUGCUAUGAUUGCUACGAGUUGUGGCGUCAUUGGCUGCCGCAGCGAAACCAAUGGACGCCUUCACCUUCCUGUCAUGUAUGUUAAUGUUGCCUCACUUGUUUGGCUAUCACGGUUAGCGGUUGACUGAUAGAGCACUGUCAAAUUUUGUCUGCUGACCCCAUGGGAUACUAUUGUUGAAAGUGAAAUCAUAUGGCCGAUAUAAAUUGGAAUGAAUUUAAUUAGUAAUUGUUCAUGAUCCCAUGAUCGUUCAAGGGAAAAGAUCUGUUUUUUUUUAAUAUUUUAUUACAGUUUGUUAGUCAGCCGUGUUUGCCAAAGUUUGUCUAAGCAUGCUGUCGCUGUGUCGUGGCCACGCACCAAAUAGUGUGAUGUUUCUCAAUGUCUAGUUGUGCCCAUAAGCCAAACAACACAAAAAAAAAACAAAACAAAACAAAAAUAGCAUCCAUAGAGUCUAGGUUUCGACAAGCGCAAGGCACAUCCAACAACCAAAAACAAAGCACCCUCACACGCAACCACACGCUCCCAAUGUCUAAAUUCCAAUUUUACUAGCCCCCCCCCCCCCCUCUUCCCCUCCUUUCUUCACCCUUUCCAAUCAUACCCGCAAAUACACACACACACACAUACAGACAGCACACGUGGACGAUGUAGUAGCGCGAUACCGUAAAGUCACCGGUACCUGCUUUGUGAAGAGUAGAACAAGGGAUUUAACCAAAACAAAAGUAACUAACCUAAAACAAAACAAUCUGAACGAACGUCACACACGUGGUGGUUGCUGAUAGAGAGCGAGAGAGAGAGAGAGAGAGAGAGAGAGAGAGAGAGAGAGAGAGAGAGAGAGAGAGAGAGAAAGAGUAGCUGGCAAAGCUUGGGUCAAUGAUUGGACCCUGCAAAAGGAUACUUCAACGGGCUGGUAUAACAAAAAAAAAAAGAAACAAAGAAGGUUUGCAGAACUGAGACACAGCACUAAUGUCUAAUCGGAAUCUCGAGCAUCGUGCAGGAGCAGUCGCGGAGCAGUAGUGAGUAGUAGUAGUUUGAGCGGAAGCGCUAGUGCUAAGAGAACUUCUUCAUAGAUGAUGAUUAUAUACUUAUACAUGCAUAUUAUACUUAUACAUAUAUAUAUAUAUACACACACAGAUGGGCAGGCCACAGGGCCCCUUCAGCCCCUCACCCUCCCCUCCCCCUCCUCCGUUUCCCCACACAUGGGCGUUAGGUAAUUAUUAUUCCUCGUCGAUAGUUCAGACUCUAGUCAAACAUCAUAGUUUUUAUUAAGGCAAAACAAUAGCAAAAACAACAACAACAACAGAAAAGACCACGUUUUUGUCUCAUGAUAUAUUAUAUAUAUAUUUAAUAUAUUAUAUAUAAACAUAUAUCUAUGCGAUGUUACUCAAUGUGUACCAACUCAAGAUCAACGAAACGUUCAAUAACAUGCGAUACUGGUAAGAACAGGCGGCAACGGCCUCUUUUCAACCUGUAAAGAGACAGCGAGAGAGAGAGAGAGAGAGAGAGAGAGAGAGAGAGAAAGAGAGACAAUGAGAGGAAGAUAAAGAGAAGGAGAAAGCGAGAAAGAAUUAGAAUAUUUUUCACACGGCUGACAAAACAGCUACGCAGCGCCGUUUCUAGUAAGUCUGCACCAAAAGUUCACAAGAUAUUCUUAUGAAACACAUACACACACAUACAUACAUACAUAUAUACGCAUAUAUACAUACAUCUAUGCACUUACACCAUCACAACUUUCCCUUUCCUUUGCCCGCUGCACUGGAUCAAGGUCGCGCCGUACUGUACGAGGACGCGCCAAACGUAAAAAGCUUGCGUCACCCGCCUUCAGGUGUGCCACAGAAACCAAAAUAAUAAUAAUAAUAAUAAUAAUAAUGAAAAGAACGUCGUGUGUCGUGGGGUGAGAAGUACCAUCCUAACCCACCCCGGCACCCAAAACCUGAUUAAUGAUCGCAACCUGAGCCGCGCCGGAGCCGACUGUCUAUCCGAGUCGCAAGAUUGGCGCGGAAUCGCACGUGAACUGGCAGGUUUAACCACCUCUGCAAGCGUGGUACCGGUUCACUGCUUCAUUCCCCUGUCUGUGUUGGCGCCAAAAUUGCGGACAAAGAAUGCGGAUGACUUGGCGGGUUUUUUGUCGCGUGUGAUAGAUUGCGUUUGAUAUGGCGUCACCCACCGCAACGGGGGACGCUGUACGCCGUUUCAUCGCUUUGCAUGCCUUGCGCUGCUGGAAUUUCGUUGCGUUCGGUUGGAAGGGCACCUGCCCAUCCUACACCCUGCCCCUAAUAGAAAAUAGAAACUUCUCUCUUGCCUCCCGUUUUCGCCUACAAUCCCACUCAAGUAGGCUUUUACUAUAAUUCUUACCCUUAGUAUACACGACCGAGGUUUUUUUUAGCAAUACACCUUUUUCUUCAGAAAAAAACACACACACACGAAUAAAAGAAAAACAAAUCUGUGCCUUUUCUCUUACUCACCACAAAAAAAGUGUACUCACCAUCCUCCCCAAUCUCCCCUUUAUGAACGAUUUGGCUAGGAUUUAGAUAGUUGUGUACUGUACUUCGACCAUAUGCCGUUCGAUUGUUCACCCUUUUCGCUACUUUCCGGAGAGAUAAAAUAAAGAUAUCUAAAAAACGAGUAAAAAACAAAACAAAUCACAUCUUUCCCAUCCAACCUUACCGGGAAGGAAACGGGUUGAGGGUGGAGGGGAAGGGGAAACGAUUCGCGACGCUUGCUGUGGGGCAAUCGUAGGCCUGUAAAAUUCACCACCCUUUUGACAAUCUUUUAACGUAACGUGCCAAAAACAGUCUACGCCCACGCCGGUGACGGUGCCUACAUUUAGGCGCUUCGAACAAAUGUAACGCCAGAGAGGGGGAGAGAGAGUGUACCAUUAACCACAAUUUCUUCAUCUCAUUCUCUCUCUCUCUCUCUCUCUCUCUCUCUCUCUCUCUCUCUCUCUCUCUCUCUCUAUCCCUCCUUCUCUCCCUCUCUAUUCUGUUUGUCUCUUUUGCUCUCAUUUGAUUGUGACGCCCAUCGCCGGUGCCACAUUACUGAAAUUUACCAUUUCCUUUUCUUGUCGCUGUCGCUGGCGGGGCUGAACGGAUUCGAUGUGGGAACGUAAACCGAAAACGGGAACGCUUGCCAUCGGGGAACAGGUCAAUUAUUAAUGCUAAGGAACAAUUUGUAAACCCUACACCGGAAUGUUUGACUGUAGUCUCCGACAUCCGUGCGUGUGUGUGUGUGUGUGUGUGAGAGAGUGUGUGUGUGUGAGUGUUUGCCACUGCAAGGCGCAAUGGUGUGAAUGGUGUGAGCUGUUUUCUACACACUUUCGACGAUCCUUCUCUUUCUACUAGCCUCCGGUAACUUUCAUAUGUGUGUGUAGAUUGUGGUGAAAGAGUGAUCGCUACCAACACUACCGUACGUACACCAUUGAAACCGUUAGUAGCAACCAAAAAAAAAACAUAUAGAAACUAUAACUUAACACCCAUUAUACCUCCGUGCGAUCGGUGUCUGCUUUGGGCACCGGCCCCAAGUAGCCGCCCCGAUUCACUCGUUCACUCAUCCAAGGCUGUUCCCCUACGCACCAGCGCCUCCAUAUAGAACGGCAUGUGCAUUUGUAUGUAUGUGUGUGUAUGUGUGUGUGUGUGUGUUUGUGUGUGUGGAGGGCUAGCAGGUUCAGCUGAGUGAUCGUACCGGAUUCAACCCAAACCGAGUGAGACACCAACCGUGCCACAGUCGAUCACAGUAAAUCUGCUUGUGUGUGUGUGUGUGUGUGUGUGUGUGUGAGUGUGUGUUUGCGGGUGAGCGUGCGUGUGUGUGUGUGCGCGCGAGUCCCACUCAACCCUAACAGUUACUCAACGGCGAGUGCGUAGGAUGGUUUUGCUGUGCGUGCAGCCUACCAUUUAGGCGCCUACUGCGCCGACAGUUCCACGACAUGGCAAGGUGGGCACAGCGCGUAGCAAAACUAAGCUUUUGAGAGUUUCAUGAAAAAAUAAUCCCUCCCCCUCCCACUCGCUGGAUCAAACCAGCUCGGCACUCGUAGACUGACUGACUGUGCCGCCCCAAAUGUCCGUCCGUUUUACCUCUUACCAUCUCUCACUCUCUCUCUCUCUCUCUUUCUCUUCGCUUUCCAUUCGCUCUGUCAUUAGUAUUUACUAACGUACCAAAUCGCUAAUGAUGUAUGUAUGAGUAUAUGUGUGUGUGUGUGUGAGAUGGCUGUGGAUUAGAGAAAAACAAAAACAAAAAAAACAUUCUGCGCCAUAGCGUAAUGUUACCUUGUACAGCGUGUAGCCAAUACCUUGUCUAGAUCGUUUAGGAAACCGCCUGAAUGUAUGCUGUACAGCUCUCUCCGUAUGCACGCCGGCGCGCGCGCUCGCGCGUGUGUGUUAGCGUGAUGUAGUGUACUGUAGCAUGUAAUAUAUGUGGAAAUAAUUUGAUAGAAAGUCUGUGUGCCCCUAGACUUUUUAUGCAAACGUAUUUUCGGCAUUACAACAAUUAACGGCCUCCUCCUGCUCCCCGCGCCCCUGCGCCGCCCCUGCGACCGGAGUGGAGGGAGUUCAUUGGUGCGCGAGGGUUUUGCGAGGGAGUCGGGUGGGUGGGUAGCUGAUUUGCUAGGUUGCAGGGCUGGAUGGAGCUGAGAAGCAAAAUUCAAAAACAAAAGUAGCAACAAAAAAAAAACACACAAAAUUUAAAUUCCCGAGUCCUUCCCAGGUUGGCAAAAAAAAAAACAAAAAAAAAACGAACAAAACAAAACACAGUGAUCCGCAAAACCCUCGUACUGAACUGUGUCACUCAAUCAUUCAAGAUUCUAAAUUUUUAUAGCAAGAAUAUUAGUAAAAAAAUGGAACAAAUAAAACCCAACCAACAAAACCAAAUCGAUGGGCGACUUGUUUUGGGAAUUGGCACUGUGAACUUUUUGCAUUUUGUUGUUGGUUUUACCGGACUGUUUGGGGGUGUGGGGCGUACCGAAGUGGGCAGAAGUGUGUUCCCAUCAAUUUGGAGUAGGCAAAAAACCCCUCACCCCCCACAACGGUUAGUUAGAUAGCAAAAAGUGGAGCUGUAAAAAAAAGUAAACGCACACUUGUGCAGGUUCGUCGCUCAACAUUUUCCGGUUUGCUGCGUGUUUCUUCCAAAGCAAGCGAGCAGUAAAACGAAAAUUGACGCUCUACCUCCUCCAAAUUCCCUUCAUUCCUUGCCCUCCCCUUCCCCCCACCCUUCCUCUUCCCUGGACAAAUGUAUCGAAUUGGCAAUGAACGAUUAGGCAACCCGAUUGGCAACCCGUACUACAACAAAAGUGAGAGAAGAAAAAAAAGGAGAUAUUUGCGCUCCCUGUCUAGCAGCAGCAUUUGCGUUCGCGUUUGCCACCCGCAGGUUGCGUUUACCGAACUGUAGCGAAAAAAAAAAAAAAGCGCAGCAAAACCCUUUCACCCCCUGUCCCAAGUCUGGUGGGGUCCCAAACAUCAGGGAUGUAGCCGUAAGGUCAAUGCCGAAAAUGACAGCAGGCGGGCAGGCGGGAAGCGGCGGCGUUCCAUCUGAGCGUCUAGUGCUGGGCAUGCGGGAGUGCAUACCUUGCAGGCGCGUGAAUUCUUUUAAGUGAAGCGCGUAGCAGAGCCGCGCCCGUUCCUGCGUGCCGCCGCUGUGACGUAAUCGUUCUUCUUCUUCGGUAGUUUAGCGAAUUGUUAGUACAUGUUUGUCCGUCACUAGAGACACUAUCACUAUCUCUCUUUCUUUCUCUCUCUCUUGCUCUUUCUCUCGCUCUCUCUCUCUCUCUCUCCCUCUAUCUAUCUAUUUAUCUCUCUCUCUGUCUCUGUCUCUGUCACUCCUAUUCCCUAUCUUUCCUGUCGGUGUGCCUUCACUGUCUGAGUGUCUUAGAGUGUUUUGUACAGUAAGACGUACCUCCCAGCGUACAGCGCAAACACACCAAACACAGCUAGCGCUUUGCGUUCCGAUCAUCAUUUUGUUUUCCUUUGCUUUUAUUACCUUUUAUUCCUUUUUUGUCUUAGUUUCUUACAAACGCUGACGCAAAAUUAUACCAACUCUAAGGCGUAUUUUUCCUUGGCGUGCCUAAAACUGGACAAAAAAAUUGAGGAAAUAACUACUACCACUGUUUCGAACACAUUCAGACAGUUCGUGCGCGUGUGUUUUUUGUGUAAAGCGAAUUAACGCGGUAACCGAUAACACCAAACUUUUGGAACAAAACAAAAAAAAACAAUGCCUAAAUCACGUGCCAUACGUGGGAUUUUCCGUCUGUUGUAUCGCGGAAAAAAUACCACAUGACUAGAAUGAGAGAAAAUAGAGAGAGAGACAUAGAGAGAAAUGGGGGGGGGGGGAGAGAGCUAGAGAAGUGAAUGAAAAAAAAAGAAAUAUGGACUAAGAGAGAAGAAAAGAAGCAACAAAAAAAAAGAAAUUAAAUCAUGUACCUUUCUUAAGCGCGUUGGAGAAAUACACUGUCACAAACACACAACCACACAUCCAGUUAGUAUACAAUCACACUCACACACUCACACACACACUCACACACACACACACACACACACACACAGAGAACAUACACAGAACAUACAUAACAAAUAAAAACACGCCACAACGAAAGAGAGAAUCAAACUAAUCCUCCCGGUCCAAUGACCCUCUCUAUUGGAAAGCCUUUGGACCCGGGUUUGUAAACGUCACUAGUACCUUGACCCAGUAGCAUACCUGUACCGUACUGUCUGCUGUUUUAUUUGGUUUGUAUUUCGGUUGUUUAAUUUAUUUUUUUCGUUGUGUUAUUUGCUUCCCUCCAUUUCGGACAAAGCGUAUGGUUAUGGUUGUGUUAGCGUUUCGUUUGCACGAGAACAAAUAACGAGUGUAUGCAUGUAUGUGUGUAUGUUCACACAUUUACAAUCAGAUGGACAUGUACAUAUAGCGUUUUAAGGCGCGCGCGUAUACCAAACCGGAGCUGGCUUGCUGCGUUGAUUUUGCUUUCUACCCCGCUUUCGGUUCCACCGGCCUGCGUUUGCGUUUGAUCGGACUUUUGGUGUAUGUGGUGCGUGUGUGUGUGUGUGUGGAUGUGUUGGCGCAAAUGUUGAAACCGUUCCGUCUGGCUGUACGCGGGAGUGUUUCAGUUUGUACUAGUAGUCGUCUUUUCUUAGCAGCCGCACCUUAUUAUGGAAACAGCCGUAAGAAUUCUAAAACUUAAAAUCAAACUAGGCUAGCGCUGUACGACGCGUGUAUUGCCGCAGGCGAUCGGAGACCACAGACAGGCAGCCACAAAAAUAAAAAACAGUCACACACAAUCUUUCACUGUAACCUCGAACACCACAUGCCCUGUGCACCCCUUGUUUAACGAGGAGGUAGAGACAUACUGUAGAUAGCUAGCGGUAAGCGGUAGCAGACGAUUAGGAUGGAGGGGAAAUUAUUGCAAAGCAAACGGAUUAUCAUCCGCUCCCUGGGGCCGUUGCAGCCCCCACCGAAGUGGUGGCUGUUGAAAGAAGGUGAAGAAAAGAAGGCGAAAAAAAAACAAUGUGUACAUAAAAUUCCUCCCCAAGUAAGAUGGCAAAAGAAGCGUCCUUCGGUCCGGUGCUACCAAUCAGCCCCGCGAAAAAGCGACCCCACUCGAUCUCGAAUUUUAAUUUUGGGCUUCGUUCUUCUAACUCUUCUAACCACUUCCAACCACGCUAACGCACGAUAGCAGCAAACUCUCCAGCAGACUCGGCAAAGCAUUGCGCUAAAAGCGCCCUGAAAGCGCCGUCUUGAAAUGGUGUUGCGUGGUGACGUCAGCGCGGCGCAUCCGGUUCGAAGGACCAAAGCUCUGGUCGGCACACUUGUGCUCCUCCCCAUCCCGCUGGCUCGCGACGCUUCGUGCAGUAGCGUGUCGGCCCUCUUCUUCCGGCAAUAAAAACCAUUAUCCUCCACACAUACACACACACACACACAUACUGAACCACUUCCCCAUUCCAAUAACUGUUGAUACACUAAUUAAUUGUAAUGAUGUAAGAAAACGAAAGAGAAUUAAAAAAAAGAAACGUUCACAUCCCUGUACGUUAUUCGCUGGAACCACCAAAAGGUACUCAUUUAAAUGUUUAAAGAAGAAGAAGAAGAAGAAGAAGAAGAAGAAGAAGAAGAAGAAGAAGAAGGAAGGAGGUGACAAAUCAAUUCCCAAAACUGCGAUGGUGUAUGUGUUCCAGGCCUGAGCCCUGCUUUGCAAACGGGCAAAUCAAGAAAACAUUUAACAUUAGAAAAAGAUUAAAACAAGAAAACAACAACACACAACCAGAAACGAAAAGUGCAACAACUCCUAAAAAUAUGAGAGAGAGAGAGAGAGAGAGAAAGAGAGAGAUAGAGAGAAAGAGAGAGAGAGAGAGAAAGAGAGAGAGAGAAAGAGAGAGAGAGUGGAGGGAACAGAAUAAGGCAAGGACUCAAACUCUGUUCAAUUAUGUUUUUCCCAUUUUUUCCCCUCUCUUCUCUAUGCGCGUAAUCUCCGGCUGCCCGAAUGCCCCGAUUCAACGGAACAAAAUUUUGAGGUUAUGUUGGCGUUCUGCUUCGGCAGCUCGGAUGACAACUGGCGUCUGGAGGGGUCUUUUCCUAACGCUACUGCUUCGCUACGUCCACGUCCACGUUCCGGAGCAGUGGAUUCGCACACCGGCCCAGUGAGCUUUGGUUGGCCAAUGGUGUUUUGCAAUGGUGUGCGUUUUGCUGUUGUUGUUGUUGUUGUUUUGUCGCUGUCGGCGCAGCAGCAGUUGCGGUGGCUGAUUGUGGUCGGGACGAUCGUUGGCGCUGCGCCGUAUUGGAUACUGGAUGUCGAUGUUUUCUAAAUGUAAUGGGUCCAAAUUCGUGUAGAUGUGUGUAUGUAUGUGUGCUUGUGAGCGCGCGUGUGUGUGUGUGUGUGUGCGAGUGUGAGUGCGUGUGUUAGCGAAAUUGGGAACGGGCGGAACCGAACCGAGCAGACGCGGUGUGUACGUUGGAAGCGAAACGGCUGUACGGAAGGCUGGCGGUGCAUUGGUGCAAGAUACGAAACUAUUGCAAACAUCCUUAAAUCUAGCAAACCUUAGCAAAACAAGCGAUGAACAAACUACAACCAGUUUCUGAAUAAUGAAAAUUUCACAGAUGUUAUUGACAAGGAAAGAAUAAAAACUUAAAUAUACACAUUUAAAAAAAUACAUAUAUAUAUAUACACGUAUUUGUAGCAUCAUCCCUAGCAACUUUAACAAAGAUAUAUACAUAUAUAAAAGAACAGAUAGAAUAGAGAGAGAGAGAGAGAGAAAAAAAAGAGAGAGAAAAAGAAAAAGAGAAAAAGAGAGAAGGCAAGUUGGUGAAUGGAUUGCAGGGAAAGAGGCGUCAUGAUUAUCGAAUCAACUAAAACACACUAUUAACACACCUACACUUAACUGUAAUCCUAUGCACACACACACACACACACACGUUCACACAUAUACACUCUCAAACACGUUGGAAAAUAGCAAAUUUUUUGCAUAUGCUCAAUGAAGGUUUUCGCGUGGAAACCUCUCCAUUUCGCUCCUCCCUUUGAAUCUUUCCCUUUUGAAAUUUAUCCCUUCCGAUUCAUUCCACCCCCUCCCCCUCCUUGAGCCACUGCUUUAAACGAAAUGGAGCAGAUCCGCCGAACCAGCAACAGCACUCUCCAAACACAGACACACACACACACACACUUGUACACAAGUACAACAUAAAUGCACUGAUAGAAGAUAAAAUGGCCUCCCUCCCCGGAAAACCCAAUUUUCCUGUUGCGGAACGCCCGUUUCAUUCUUAUGACUGUAUGCGUUUUUUGGAUAGUUUUUACAACCCAAAUGAUAAUGAUAAAAAAAAACCCCGAACCCAACAAAAAAAAAAAAACAAUCCCAUCGGCCCGCUUGGUUUUUGGGAUGUUUUAGUAGGUUGCGAAACUUACCCGGGGCGAAAGCGCGGCGAAGGACACACAUGUACACGCCGGAACCAAAGUGGGGUUAUGGGUGCCUCCAAACCGAUGCCUCUGCUUGGAGUUGAUGGAGCCACAAUACAUCAGAACUCGCACGACACAAACACACACCAACUAGACUUCCACAAGCGAAAGGCCACAUCGCCAUCACUACCAAUAAAUAUAUAUAUAUAUACGUCACGAUCAUCCGCAUCACGAGCAACAACCCCUAUGAUAUGUAGAGAUCUGUUCAAUACCCCUUACCCCCGUCACCGUGCUCACUGUGCAAAAAGGGGGCCCGUUGCCCGUUCGUUAUCGUUGUGUCCACUGUUCAUUAAGCGCCAAUGUGUAUGUGUGUGUGUGUAGUGUCACUAGUUGUAGGUAACGGUUCCAUCCGCUUCGCACAGCACAACAGCGGUAAAGCGGUAGGGCGAGGGCGGUGUCGGCGAAGCGAUGGGGUCGAUGGAAUGGAGGGGAAAGCAGUGAAAGGCAAACACAACGAUUGAUCUUGCAGUGAGUGUGUGUGUGUGUGUGUGGGUGUGUAGGUGGGUUGUUUAGCAGUGCGGAAAGCGAUCGAUUUGCAGCCAUAUCCUGGUCACGGCACCAGCGUAUGAUUUGGAAGCUGUUUGAUCACACCGGGGCAGCACUAGCUAGUGCUGACGGUUGAGUGGAGCUUGCAUUGUAUUUAGAAUCGCUUCCUACAGACACUGAACUCACCCACACAUCUUCACUCAAGAUCUCUCUGCUCUGCUGUUCGCUUUCUCUGUCGUUGAGGGUCAUUGGGGUUGUCAGGUAAAGGUUGAAAAAGCGAGAUGAAUUAGAAGUAAUUUAGCGAAAGAGAGAAAACGGCGGAUAUUUAUUCACCCAACCUGUUGCAUAUCCCUUCGCGCCAGCACCUGUCUGUGGCUUGGCAAACGAAUGUGCCCUUUUUCUAUGGUGCAGCGGUGCAAACUCUCGCCUGCACUGGUCCCGAUACAUAUUCUGGUUUAUGUGAUAUUUGAAAUGAACGAACGGAUGAUAUGAGCAUGAAGAUGUAGAUGUUAGAAAGCAUGUAAGAUAAUGAAAGCAAGAGAGAAAGAGAGAGAGAGAGAGAGAGAGAGAGAGAGAGAUAGAAGAGAGACGUAAUAGAAUGAAGAGUGCAGAAGUUUAUAGAGAGUGUUACACGAAUGAAAACAAAAGAAAAAAAGAUAUAUUUUUCCUACCGCUCCUACACGCUAUACAACGAAACGGUUGAUUUUUGCUAGUCUAAUACUGUUACUGGUUGCACGUUAAAAAGCGCUACUGUUUAAUUACACACAGCACUGUGUCUAUGCCUCUGGGUUCGUUGCUUACCGAUCGCACACACACAUACACACCGUACAGCGAUCAUGGGCGAGUGCCGCUGCUAGUGACGGUGCGUGGCUGAGUGAGCUCCACUGGAGACGGGCGCGCGAGCAAAGCGGCCGCCGUUUGGCGUCCGCUUACAUUCCAUUGCCGGCCUGCCGGCACACAGCCUGCAUUUGCGGACGGUUCGGGGCGCUUCAGCAUCUAAGCGCCCGCAGCGUAUGCAAUCGGUGUAGCAAAAACUCCUUUUUGUUUUGUGUUUGUUUUCCAUCCGUCAGUUUUACAUACGCCUUUACAAAGCGCGGAACCGCCAUUAGGAUAAGCGAGGUAUAGCAGAGCGAAAGAAAGAGAAAGAGAUAUAUAGAAAGAGAGAGAGAGAGAGAGAGAGAGAGAGAGAGAGCGAUUGAGCUCUCGAAAUUGAUAGGAAGAAGGCCGCUGCACCGCUACAUACUAAACUAUGGAAUUUAGCACUAGAAUGUCAAACCCCUUUUUGAGCAACAAUAUAUGCCACCUCGUUCACCUACACAAUAGUACUCAAAUACCCGCAGACAUACACACACUCACACUCACACAUAUUUAUAUAUAAAUAUACACAAAUCUUAAGAAAAAAAAACAUUUACCGUUUUAGCGCACCUUAUAAGACAACAAAAGAAACCAUUAGUAAAAGAUUGUAGAGGCAAAGAAUUAAAGUUUAGAGAUAAUAAACCUUUAAAAAAAACAAAAACAACCAAAACAAAAUGAAGAGAGAGAGAAAGAAAUAAACACACUCGACGCCUUUCGAAACAUGUAUUUAGUAAGAAAUGUUUCUUAUAUAAAAAUGAACUUUAAAUGAACCAAAAAUUAUACAUUCAACACUGGUGGGAGGCGCCAGAGCCCGGGCGGCCAGCUGUCGAGAACGGGUGACAUUUCACGCCGGGAUGCGUUUUGCGUACCGGGUUCGGCUUACGCCCAUUUUGCUGUUGCGUUGGCGGUUUGCCUGUGGUGCUACAAAACUGAGCGAUCGAGUAAGAUGCGCCGGAAAACAAAUGGGUAUGCAAACCGCACCGCACAGUGCGCAAUAGUGUUCGUUUUAUCGGAGCGAAAUCAUUUCGUUUGUUUUUUUUUCUGUACUCCCUCAUAUUUUGUACAAUCAAACCAAAAACAAAAAAGCAAAACAACAGACACAAAAAAAUGGAUAACAUUUGUUUGUGCACAGAGAGAUUUACGCAAUGUUUGAUAGUGAAUUUAAACUAACUAACUGUUUGGAAUUGUUACCGUCAAGAUAUUUGUCCCUUCAAGCGCUCAUAAGUACAUGCGUCAAACGUCAUUAUGUAAGGUACAGUGUACACCGCUGUUUGAUGGUAAGCCCACUCUGAAACUUUCUGUGAAAUUAAAAAAGAAGAAGAAGAAGUAGAAGAAUAUGAUAAAACAAGAAACAACUAUAAAUGUGCUUUUACGAGUAACAGAAAAAACAACACAAUUGAAAUCUAAACGAAACUAAACUAACACGAAGACAAGUAGCGGUUCCAGUCCCAUAGCCGUAAGCACCCAUUUACGCGCUCAUGAUCGUCAUUUACCAUUACACACACACACAAACAUACACACACACUCACACAAACACACACAAUUUCAAAUUACACCAGAUUUACAUGAAACUUGUCGUUGUAAUAAUGUGUGAAGCGAAAAGAACUAAUCAAAACACGCUAAAGUGUCAAACUGGCUGUAGUAAUGUUAAUGAACGAAACAAAAACAAAACCUAUAACAUAUGUACCCCCACCCAGCUCGUACUCAUAGCGAAGCGAUGAUCUUCGCAUUAUUUACUCACACAUACACAUGCUAGCACAUCACUCACCCUAAACACGGUAGAAGGAAUCAGAUGAACCACGAGCGAACCAAAGCGAACGAAAAGGAAAUAACAACAAAAAUGUCAUAUAUAUUUAUACACACACACACACACACACACACACACACACGACCGCACGCACACCCUACUCCAAAACGAGUGCUUCAACGAAACUCGCGUACAUGUGCGCCUGAAAGGUAGGCACAACUCACUACACUAGUUCCAUUACAUCACUCAACACUCAACA